AUGCAAGUUUUGAUUACUUGGAAUGGGGUCGAACUUUUGGAAAUUGGACUGGAAUUUGGAAAUUGGUUUACAAUUUUGUUCAAUGAGCAUCCCUUCUGGUCCACUCUAUGGCAAGACCAAGGGCUGCCGCUUGAGGAGAUACUUGAGAAAAUCCCUCCAACAGUAAUCAGAGAGGCACUCCAUUCCAACCCAGAGGCGGUAUUAAUCAUCCUCACAAAGGUAAGCCCUUUCGUCUCUCAAGCGCAGCUUGUUGCCGUGAUCAAGGAGUUUCUCGCACCCACCUUUUCGGGCCAGUUUCCCAGUGUCCGACAAUACGUGGCAGAUUCGGCCACCAUCCAAAAACUGCUACAUGCAACGCGAAUGCUAUGCAGGAUCCUUCCGAUCAUAUUUGAAGAUCAGAAGCUACGAAUCCUUUUUGCUCAACAGCACUCUGUGCCUAUAGGCAGUGCCUGUGGACUGGCGCCAGCUGUUCUUGAUUUGCUCUUUGUGCCUGGGUUUACCAUCCCUCCCAAUGCCACGGACGAAAAUAUCAAGGUUUUCUACUCGAUCUGGGAGUCCGGAAUUGGUUCUGAAAAGCAGGUAGAGUCGUUCCAACAAAUCGACCUCAACCGCAUGGAAAUCAUACGCCUCAUUCUUGUGCUGUUUUCAUGGCGCAUGUUCCAGGAGCCAUGUAUUAAUGUCCCUUCCUAUUUGUAG